AUGUUGAUCUCACACAGGGGAACGAAGGUCGAUAUCGGGCCAAACACACCGCACCCCGCCGUGACGGUCACAGUCAAGUCGCAUGGAGCUCAACAACGGACCCGAAUCUCGACAGCGACCUCCCUGAACGCCCACGACGAUGCCAUCCGAGACGAAGACGCGUUCGCAAAGCGAUACCUGACCUGUCAGAGCUCUAUCUACUUCCGCAAGCGAAAAACCUAUCCUCGAUGCUUCUUCUGGCGUGUCAUCGAAGACAACACCUGCCUCGAGCUGAGAGUUGUGGAUUUGACAAAGAGCUCGCAAGACCAUCAUGAAGCGAAUGUUGCUAUUCGGCUGGAAUUCGACGAUGCCAUCGUGCCUCAUGGCGUAGCUCUGGCGGACUUGGAGGGACAUGAAGCGCUGAGCGUUUUUGUUAUGCUCAGAUCGAAGCAGCUAUACACCUUCACUUUGAGGCCAGAAUUCUUCCGGAAACCAGAAUUUAUAGAUGAGAACAUAAGCGAUUGGUGUAAGACGUGCAGUCCGGCGCCGCUGGGAUUCUCGUUUCCGCACCGGCUAUAUGCUGCCUCUCCUCACGAGCUGUUUAUUUCUCUUGACAGUGGAGCGCUUUUACGUUUGACGAGGAAAGUUGGUGACGAUGGUUCUCACUGGUUCCCAGUUACAUUCGAUGAAAAGACGUGGAGCUUUUCUUUGCGCGGGCUUGUUAAAUGGAACGGCGAUCAAGCAGUGCAAUAUGACGGCCGGUCACUCGAUCCUAAUACGCCUAACGCUGUUGCGACAACCUCUGACCAGGCGUUUGUGUUUGUGGUUGGGUUGAACCAUUCAUUGAAAGUCUGGAACUUAGCAAGCCAAAAGCUCGUUGCAUCGAAAGACUUGUUGAACCGAACUGGCCAGUCACAAGAUGCGGCGCCCCUGACCUUAAACCCGGACGAGUCGGCAUUUAUUCGAGUUUUUAACGCUGAAAGGGCAACGGAGGGUAAUAUGUACUAUGUUGUAACAUACUCUCCCCAGGACGACGGUCAGUUCAAGUUUUGGGCUGUGGGAGGUGGAAUUACAAGCCAAUUGGUGAUCGAAGACCUUUUCCCGGAUACGAAACUCCAACCAGCUGAUCCUGACCCCUCUGGAAGCGUUUUCUGGAACGUGGUUGAUUUCCAAAUCAAAUCCAUGGACGAGGGUAGAAAUAUGGCGUUAUGGGUCCUCUGGAAAAGUCACAACUCUUACCGACUUUACAGCAUCCACUUCGAUUUGGUUGAUAUAGCCAAGGUGUGGAAUAACAACUGGACCAUGACUGCCUUCACAUUCCCCGGAAACAAUGCACCUCCUAACCCUAUACGAUCCGAUGUCACAGAUACGCAAGAGAAGUGGAUUGAGUAUCUUUUCGCGCCUGAAAGGUACUCGACUGAGAUCAUUAGGACUGCCUUGGCUAUUUAUCAAGAUGCAAUGAAACUAAAACACACCCGGUCGACGAACAGCAAUUUAUCCUCACCAUCACUACAACAGGAUGUCUCCACAACAAUAAUGCAAUCUGUAACCCUACGACAACUCCCUGAUGCUGAAAUGGACUUCACGAAAUAUUAUAAAGACUUGGAAGCAAGAUGGCAGCAAUUCUGGCAGAUUGUCGAGGACAUCAACAAGAAAACGCAAGAAGCAAUUAGUCUGGCCUAUGAUGCAUCCUGUGAUCUUCCAUGGUUGAUAUUCAGCGGCGGAUCAGCUCUAAUUCGCGAGUGCAAUAGCACUGAGCUCAUUUUACACAACGACGGAAGCGCUUUAGGCCAAAAUAUUGAUGUCCUUGAAUCUUGUUGGCCGCAUAGGAAUCUACCCCGUGAAUUAGGAGAUCAACCUGGCAAGUCUGCAAGUCUCGCUAAUGUCGCUAUGGCAUUUCGAAAACUAUUCCCAGCAGAUCUUACCGAGACAUGCCGCACUGCUUUGGAUAACGAGAUCUUUGCGGAGCCUUCCCUUUCCGCCGCGGAGAGAGUUGAAGCAUUCCAUAGCAACUGUGGUUUUGCGGAUCUCAUCACCGAAGAAUUAUUUGAAGCCGGCUGUGCAAAUAUUGAGGAAUCAAUUGGAUAUAAAGGUCUCACCAACGAAAUAUUUUUUGCCGUGGUUGACACGUUACCUUUGGGCUUCCCGGGGAAGGAUUCAGAGCUCCAGUCCACUGCCUUUGGGCGCCACGCAACAACUCAAGGUACCCUCGAGGUCCUCAUCCAGAGCAGGCAAAUCAUCCAUGAUCUACUACUAUUUGCUGUUUUCGUCGAGACUGAGGUGAACCUCGAGGCUGAGAAUAUUCGAUUCGACGGAGCCAUGGUCUUCAGUACAUUGAUCGAAUUACUGAAAGAGUAUGAGUUGAUGAUAUGGCUAGGGACAAAUGUGCGAUAUCGUCAGAAGAAGGGCCAGGCCGAGUCUAGUUCUAUCCGGCCAGGCCAAAGAGCUAUUGCAGGGAACCAAUGCUGCACCAUUCUAGAAGAUCUAUUCGCAAUUCAUAUCAAGCCUCAACCAGCCUCCGGCGUACCGCAAAUGUAUGCAAUGACGCAACAGAUUCGGGAUGUCAUAUCCUGGGUUACAAGACAAGGAGAAGUAUCCUUCCCUAACGUUUUGGUGUACAUCCAAUGCGAUCUGCUUGCCUCCGAUAACCUUGACCUUGCCUCUGAUUUCCUCCGUUUCCAACCAAAUACCGCCUGGGCAACCUACGUCAAGGGACGGCUAUACUUGGCAAAAUCCGAUUUUGAUACAGCAGCGAUUUACUUCCGAAAAGCUGCCUAUCUUCUUUCUUAUGGGAAACCCGUUGGAAACCUCCACGAAAUGUCCUCAAAUCUUCUCGAUAUCGUGUCUGUUGAUAGCUUCUACAAUGGCCUUCCAAGAUACUUCCAGCACGUUGUCAGUCUUUUCGAGCUUUCCCGAGCAUUUGUUCAUGUCGCAGACUUCGCCAAUCUAUCACUGCAAGCGCUGGGAUCCAGCCCAAAGAAAAAUGAAACCGAUCUCGAGCAUAAGAAUCUUCGAAGUGAUUUACUCUCCCGAUUAUUUCACGCAUCUCUGAAAACAUGCCGUUUCGACGAUGCCUACUCGGCACUUGCUAGGUACACAGAUCUGGCGUUGCAGAAAUCCGCACUAACAUCCCUCACUACCACAAUCCUAACAGCAUACGGAUCUGGAACAGCAGGUCUGCAGAAGGUCCUCCGCCUCCCAUUGUCCCUAACUCCACAUCUGUGCUCACAUGUGGAUGAUAUUCUGGCGUCUCUGGCAAGCAAACAGUCACCCUUGGGACCUUCUUUCAACCAAGCGGUACCCCUGAUUGGCUGGCAAGGAUCUGAAAACACGCCAGAGUAUCAUCGCGUCUUGAAAGCCUACCGAAUUGCACGCAACGAUAUCCGUGGAGCUGCAGAGAUUUCGUACCAAACAGUCAGCCGGCUAAGAGAUCUACGUGACCGUCCGGCGACAUCGAAAGUGAAGUUCUUUACACCCGAGGAUGCUUCCAAUGAUCUAAUCGAGGAUGACAUUGAGAGUAGGGAACUGCGAAAUGAACUCUUGUCUCUCAUCAACUUGCUUGCGUGUAUGGAGAAGAACGAGGCAUAUAUUGUGGUCGAGCAAUAUGAUCCCAAAGGAAACCGACGUGAGAGCAUCAGUCCGGUCCUACAUAAGCCAAGUAAUAGCAUCGAAGAUCCAUUUACCACAUCGAAUUCCUCAAUAAGGAAUCCCUUCUCACAAAACUCCGACAACCGCAGCUUGGUUUCGCCCGAUUCCCCUACAAACCAUCGUCAUAAGUCAAGUUUAUCACGGUCAUCUUCAGACAUCAAGAUCAGCCAUGCAAAGCGCAUCGUUGUAACGCUAGAGGAUCUGCGAAAGGAAUAUCAGAGCGAACUGGAUCGGGUAAGCAGAAUUCGAAGCGGGGAUUGGGAAUUUGGCGCGGUGGAGGAUUUGGAAAUGGCUGGUGUAUGA